CGAGGCUCCCCCAUUUUGGUCAUGGAUCCCGUCGGCAAGUUCUGCGGCAAGCUGCGCGAUUUGGCCGUGACUCUGGAGAGGGAGACGGCUCACCUCCAGCAGGCGCUCAAUGGAGAAGAGGCUGACUUUGAAGAUUCUCCAAUGAGAAUUUUGCAUGAUUUGCAUUUGGAAGUGAAGACUCUCAAGGAUGAUAUUAAUAUUCUUCUUGAUAAAAGUCAUUCAGAGAGGCAAGAAAGAAGCAGUUUUAUAAAGAACACCAAAUUGCUGAUGGAAAAGAAUAAAAUGGAUAUCAUGAAAAUAAGAGACUUAUUCCAGAAAUAUGGAUAUAAGCCACGGGACAUGGAAGAUCCAGUGCCAAAGGAGGAUAUUAAUGUUAAACUGGAGGAAGUUAAAUGCAAAGACUCUACAAAAUCUGAGACAGGAAAGGAAGAUACAUCUAGUGCUUCUGUUCAAAAUAACCAUGUUACUCAAAGUCCUCCACGUAGUCCACAACUUUCAGAUUUCGGACUGGAAAAGUAUAUGUUUUCCAGAAAUUGGAAUAUUCAUCCACCAGCAAUGAAUAUUCCUAAGAGAGAGCAAAUAACUAUGAAUACACCUUUGAAACAAAUCUCUCCUAAAGUGUUGAGAACUCCAAAAUGCACUUUAAAGAUGGAUGAAUAUGCAGUGGUAACUCCUAAGCUGGAACACUUGAGUAUUUCAGAAUAUACCAUGUGUUUAAAUAAUGAUUACACAAUGGGGCUUAUAAAUGCCCAGGAAAAUAAAAGUUUAUCUAAGAAUAAUACUAAUGAAAUAAAUGUAGAAGCAAAAUUAGGAAGCAACAACGUCCUAAUCCCUCCUUGUUCCACCAUACAUGAUCAGCUAAAAGAAAAUUGUGCUAACCAUGUGAAUUCCUCUUUGGAACCUGAAUUCUUCACUCCUGACUUGAAAAUACCUUAUAGAAACAAUAAUCCAGUUUUAAAUGUCCCUAAACCUAAAGAUCUUGGUCUCUCCACUAAUUACAAAGAAAGACUAAUUUAUCCAGACUUUAAAAUGGAUGGGUUAAAAAAAGAAGCAAAGGGGAUAACAAUUCCACCAACAUCAGGCUCAAAUAUUUUGCCAAGCAAUUUGGAUUUGGACAAUUGUACUUCAUUGGUUUCACAAUCUGCCCAGUACUUUGAACAUCAUGAAGAUCUCUCUCUUCCUAAGAUUUCUCUCAGUGAAAACCUGUUAAAAACACCUCCACCUCCAGAAGUAACUACAAUUCCGGAUGAUAUUUUCCAGCUAUUAUCAAGGUAUGAUUCAAAGUUAGCCACUCCUGAACCAUUCAAACAAGGACCCAGCAAAGCACUUUUCCCUGAAUUUAAAUGAAAAGUUACUCAAGAGGAAUACAACACAAUAAAGUACUAAUAAGAAUUCUUACUUUUAACAAAUUAAUGAAAUGAAUUGGCACUAAAAAACACAAAAAAUGGGAAGAUCAAUUGUACCAAACAUAACACAUUUAAAGGAGUUCCAUGAAGGAGACAAAAUAAUUUUUAAGACACUUGCGGGAUAGAUUCUCAAGGAACCUGAAAGAAAAGGGGUAUUUUGCAAAAGUAUCAUAGACCUUAUUUCAACUUUCCCAAAAAGUGACAGAGAAGUUAUCAAUAAUUUAAUCCAUAUGCCUGCUUUCUCAUUUCAUCAAAAUCUUAGGGAAAUAUACAUUUAUAUUAAAUUUAUUAUAUUUCCAUAAAUCAUAUUUGCUUUGUAUAAUAUGUAUAAUUAAAGAUAUUUACAUUUAUAUAUGAAGGGCAUAAUUAAUAAAGAUAGGAGAGAAUUAACAGGCUUUGCAAAUAAAUUGGCUUUUUUACAAUUUAAUUAAAGGUGUUGAAUAUACAACUUACUGUUCUUUUUUGUUUGUUAAAAAAGGGGGAAAUUUUUGCUUUGGUGGAACAAAGUACUAUGUUAAAGACACUUCUGUUUACAAGUCGAAAGCCAUAUAAUGGAUGAUCUUCCCCAUAAGCCAAAUGGAAGAAGGAAUCUCUAUCGAUGAAGUCUUCCAGGUGUUUGUUUCCAAAAGUCAUCAAAAGAGAUCUCCGAUUCUAAUUAUGAAUAUAAAAGAGGAAAGAUAUAUAUUUACCAACAAUGUUUGCCACUGUUGUGGAUGAUAUUCAGCCCAUAAGCCAAAUGAAAGAAGGAUUUUCUAUGGAUGGUGAGGUCCUCCAGUUCUUGUUUUCAUAUGACAUUGUAUUAUCAUAAAAAAAUUCUUCUUGCCUAUCUAAGUAGGAAAAAGACAAAUGUAUGAAGAAUACCUAUUUUCCAAACUAUGAAUGAACAGCACAUAUAGCUAGUUAAUUAGUAUGUAAGAUCUUGGACAGAAUUGUACAUAGAUAAUGAACUGGGACUAGAUCUAAAAGAGGAAAAAAAUGUACUAAAUUACUUUAGGAAAAUUCUGUAGUGCUAAUUUUAAUGACAUGAAGAUUUUUCCUCAAAACAAAAGUCCAUCUUUUUCAACAUAAGCAUUUUACCAUUGAUGCUAUAGAGUUGCUAGCAGUCCUAGAAAAUUUAAAGUUAUCAAACAACCAAAAGGCAAUAGAAGUACAAUCUGAAGUUUAUAAAGUACUUUUUAAACUCUCCCCAUUUGAUCCCUAAAGUAAUUCUGUGAGGUAGAUUCUGUUACUGUGCCUGGUUUACAAAAGAAGAACCUGAGGCUCAUGAAAGGUAAAGUAAAUCACUUGGGAUCAGGUAGUAAGCAUUCAGGGUAGGAUUUAACCUAAGUCUGAUUGUUGGUCCAGCAGUCUAUCCACUUUGCCUCUCUAGUGCCUCUCUAAUGAAGAAUUAAACAAGAAAAGUAGUAUAAAGGGGUCAGUUCCAUUAAAUAGAAAAGGAACUGAGCUGAUCAUGAAAUGAGAUGAUAAGACUUCUUUGCCCAUUGGUAUCUAUAUAAUGUCUAGUGACAGAUAAAUAGAAGGAUUGAAUUUUUUUAAGUGCUUACUGUGUGCCAUAAACUAUGUUAAGCAUUUGGCAUACAAAACAAGAAACUAGAUUAUCUCUUCUCAAGGAGUUUGCUUUCAAAAGGAAAACAAAAUGUAACUGGAACCUAGAAGGCAAAGGCCAGAGAUAGACUGUGAUAAGGAAGUUAUAGAUGGGGAGAAUGUGGGGGAUGAUAACAAUAGGGGAAGAGAUUCAGACAAAGAUUUUUCCUACCUAUAACCUUUGUAGUAUGUCAAAAUAUCCUAGAAGCACAACAAAAGAAAAAAGACAAGAAAUUUAAUUCUAUGUACUUUCAUUAGGAUCAUACAAUAAUUCAAGAUAGUGUCAUCAACCCAGUUGUCAACAUAUAAUUGAUUCCUCAUUGAAAUUUAUGUGGAAUAAAUCCUAUUUUCCUGUUGGUGGUAGACCUUGUGUAUGUGUGUAUAAAUUCAUGUGUGUAUAAAUUCAUAAGAAUACUGUGAGGAAGCAUAUGACUAUCUUACUUUAAAAUUCCAUUUUUUCAUUCAACCUUGUACUCAAUUUUAUAUGGACAAUAAAAAUGUUGAAUCUGCA